CGAUGGUGGCGAUGUGAGGCCGUGACGUGUUUAAAAGUCGGCUGACCACCAGUGACAACACGCACAUCGCCCGUGGGGAGAGAGAGAGAGAGAGAGAGAGAGGGAUACGUGCACCGCGGAGGGGAUACACGCUGCAGGUCCGCUAUGGUGUGCGUGAAAGGGCUCGGCUGGGUCCUCCUGAGCGCCCUCCUGCACCCCGUGGCGCCCGGGGGUGGCAGACCCAGGCAGUGCGACCUGCCGAAGACGCAAAGCGACAUGAACUCUUUCCUGUGGCGAGUAAAGCGUGCGGCCCCUCACCCGCCUGCCUACCUUUUUGGUACCAUUCACGUGCCUUACACCCGAGUGUGGGACUUCAUCCCCAGCAGCUCCAAGCAGGCUUUCCGCAGUAGCCACAAUGUUUUCUUUGAGCUGGAUCUGACGGAUCCACUCACCGUUUCCAAGCUGACCAGCUGCCAGCUGCUUCCCCACGGGGAGAACCUGCAAACUCUACUACCUCGAGACCUCUACCGCCGCCUCAAACGCCACCUGGACUACAUCAAGCACAUGAUGCCUUACUGGAUGACGGCGGACCAACGCGGACGUGGCCUUUAUGCCGACUACCUGUUCAACGCCAUCGCAGGAAAUUGGGAGAGGAAGAGGCCCGUGUGGGUGAUGCUGAUGGUCAACUCGCUCACAGAGUGGGACGUGCGGUCCAGAGGGACGCCGGUGCUUGACUUGUUUUUGGCUCAGGAGGCUGAGAAAAUGGGAAAAACCACCGGGGCGGUGGAGCGGGUGGAGGAACAGUGUCACCCACUCAAUGGCCUCAACUUUUCUCAGGUGCUGUUUGCCUUGAACCAAACGCUGCUACAGCACGAGAGUGUCCGAGCGGGCAGUCUGCAGGGCUCCUACACCACCGAGGACCUCAUCACCCACUACAACUGCGGGGACCUCAGUUCCAUCAUCUUUAACCACGACACUUCGCAGUUGCCUCACUUCAUCAACAGCUCCCUGCCAGCUCACGACCGCACCACGGCCCAGCAGAUUGACAGCUACUUCCGCCAGGAGCUCAUCUACAAGCGCAACGAGCGCAUGGCACGCCGCGUGUCCGCCCUGCUGCAGAGGAACCCCAACCAGUCCUACUUUUUCGCCUUUGGUGCAGGUCACUUCCUGGGGAACCAAAGUGUCCUGGACAUUCUGCAACAGGAUGGUUAUGAGAUUGUUCACGUGACGCCCGAUACCCCGGAGUAUGUGACACGCAGCAAACCCGACAAGGAGCCAAGCGGCGCCCCGGGCACGGCUCCUCCCACCGGCUGGCGGACGACGCCGUUCGCGACGGAGCUGGAAGAGCCCAGCAACAUGCCCGGCAUCGGAGAGGAGGAACUCCCUCACUUGCUGCAGCCUGACAGCCUGAGCCAGCUGGAGGAGUUCGGACGACACAAGCGUCCUCGCAAAGCUCAUCGCGGACACGACAGGCCUCGCUUCUUCAGUGACCUUUGGGUCCGUUUCGGAGACAGCACCGGCUCGCCACCAAAUGUAAGGAUAAUCAACGGCUACGUGACGGCGGAGCCUCCGCUAACCCGCCCCGAGCCAAGCCAAAACGUGAAGGUCCACGCCGUGGACAAACACCCGAGUCCGACGACCUGGACACGACCCAGUGCCUCCUCAGCGCCGCCUCCAUCAGUCCGGGGCUCGCUGACACUGACGUGCGCUUUAGCCUGCUGGCUCUCACACAUGCUGCCAACCUCAUGACCACAAGCAAACGAUGCUAGAACGUCAAAACAAAAGAAAAACGAGCACAACGCGGGAACGUUUUUAGUGAAGCUGCAGAGACAACACAAUGAAGAGAUCGCCUAUUUAGCGCUUGUGUCGUCACGACCAUCACACACGUAAUACUGAGUCCAUGAUUAACAUUGAUAUUACACAUUGAAGAUAAUAAUGACUAUAAAUAACAGAGCUGUGUUGUGUUUUUUUUUUUUGUAAAUUGUGCAUUUGUCCAUAAAGAAAUAUUGUAUAUUUAUUAUGUCUGAAUAGAAAAAAAAAGAAUAUAUUUUCUUGCUUUUUCGGAUAUAUUUAGAAAAAUAAAA